AAAGGCGUGAAGGUCUCCUAUCCAAAGAUGGAAAACAGCACUACCACCAUUUCCCGGGAGGAGCUUGAAGAACUGCAAGAAGCCUUUAAUAAAAUCGACAUUGACAACAGCGGAUAUGUCAGUGACUAUGAACUUCAGGACCUGUUUAAGGAAGCAAGCCUUCCCCUUCCUGGCUACAAAGUGCGAGAGAUUGUGGAGAAAAUCCUGGCAGUGGCUGACAACAACAAAGAUGGCAAAAUCAGUUUUGAAGAGUUUGUGUCACUAAUGCAAGAGUUAAAAAGCAAAGAUAUCAGCAAGACGUUCCGGAAAAUCAUUAACAAGCGGGAAGGGAUCACUGCUAUUGGAGGAACAUCAUCCAUUUCCAGUGAGGGGACACAGCAUUCUUAUUCAGAGGAAGAAAAAGUGGCUUUUGUGAACUGGAUAAACAAAGCCCUGGAGAAUGACCCUGACUGUCAGCACCUGCUACCCAUGAAUCCCAAUGACAACAGCCUUUUCAAGUCACUCGCUGACGGCAUCCUUCUUUGCAAAAUGAUCAACUUAUCUGAACCAGACACAAUUGAUGAAAGAGCCAUUAAUAAGAAAAAGCUCACUCCUUUCACUGUUUCUGAAAAUUUAAACCUGGCCCUAAAUUCUGCCUCUGCCAUUGGUUGUACAGUGGUCAACAUCGGUGCCCAAGACCUCAAGGAGGGAAAGCCUCACUUGGUCUUGGGACUUCUUUGGCAGAUAAUCAAAGUCGGUCUUUUUGCUGAUAUUGAGAUCUCCAGAAAUGAAGCUUUGAUCGCCUUGCUGAACGAAGGCGAGGAUCUCGAGGAGCUCAUGAAGCUUUCUCCUGAGGAGUUGCUGCUGCGCUGGGUGAACUACCAUCUGACCAAUGCGGGCUGGCGGACCAUCAGCAACUUCAGCCAAGACAUUAAGGAUUCAAGAGCCUAUUUUCAUCUGCUUAAUCAGAUUGCACCAAAGGGUGACAGGGAUGAUGGACCUGCUGUCCCCAUUGAUCUUUCAGGAUUUAAUGAGAAAAAUGACCUGAAGCGUGCUGAAUUCAUGCUUCGAGAAGCUGACAAACUGGGCUGUCGACAGUUUGUUACUCCUGCCGAUGUGGUUUCAGGCAAUCCGAAACUUAACUUGGCCUUUGUAGCGAAUCUGUUUAAUACGUAUCCAUGUCUAUACAAGCCUGAUAAUAACGACAUCGAUAUCAACUUAUUGGAAGGAGAGAGCAAGGAAGAGAGGACCUUUCGGAACUGGAUGAAUUCCUUGGGGGUGAACCCCUACAUUAAUCAUUUGUAUAGUGACCUGGCGGAUGCUCUAGUGAUCUUCCAGUUGUAUGAAAUGAUCCGAGUGCCAGUCAACUGGAGCCAAGUGAACAGGCCUCCUUAUCCUGCUCUUGGAGGGAACAUGAAGAAGAUUGAAAACUGUAACUACGCAGUGGAGCUCGGGAAGAACAAGGCUAAGUUCUCUUUGGUUGGCAUUGCUGGACAAGACCUAAAUGAAGGCAAUGCAACCCUCACUCUAGCGCUGGUGUGGCAGCUCAUGAGACGGUACACACUGAAUGUGCUGUCAGAUCUUGGAGAGGGUGAGAAAGUAAAUGAUGAUGUUAUUAUUAAAUGGGUCAAUCAGACUCUUAAAAAUGCAAACAAAAGUACUUCUAUUUCCAGUUUUAAGGAUAAAUCCAUUAGCACAAGUUUACCUGUACUAGACUUAAUAGAUGCCAUUGCACCCAAUGCAGUCCGUCAAGAAAUGAUCAAACGAGAAAACCUGUCUGAUGAGGACAAGCUGAACAAUGCUAAAUAUGCCAUCUCAGUUGCCCGCAAGAUUGGUGCCCGGAUAUACGCAUUACCUGAUGACCUCGUAGAAGUAAAACCAAAGAUGGUUAUGACGGUGUUCGCGUGCUUAAUGGGAAGAGGACUGAACAGAAUAAAAUAAUGAAACAAAAGAUAUGAUUUUCUGCCACAUUAAAUGUAUUGAAUGCCUCACAGUUUACAGAAUUCUGGAAUGUAGUGGGCAUAAAAUCAGAGAUUAUUUGUAUGUCUGAAAUAGUUAUAGACUCAUUAAUGAAUCCAUUGUCCUGUUCAUAGUAGUUAUAAUUAGUCAGCCUUUUUGGAUAAAGUAAUUAUUUUACCAAUCAAGAUUGAUCAUAGAGUAUGUUCACCACAAAUGAUAUUUCAUGAUUGAAAUCAUCUGUUUCUGGAAAGUCUCAUUUAAACAAGACUGAUUCAUUACUUUUCAUGGUUCAAAAAAGAACAAUACAGAAGUUUCUGUAGGUUCUGCUGUGAAAUGUGUUUUGAUUUUUUUUUUUGGUGUGAUAUUUAAUUUUGAUGUUGAAUGUAUCUACUCACAAUCCAGUUUAAUCCUUCCAGUUUCUUCUUCUAACUAUGUAAAGUGAACCUUAACUUUCUGUAUUUUCUAUAUUGCCUAAAACUUUAAAGGGACAAGUACUGUUCGUUAACAUUAAGCUUUUUACAUAUAUGACAACUAAUUCUUAAGCCCCAACGUCCACUCUCUAGCCUGGUAAGACAGCUUUAUCUAUGACAUACAUUAUGUACUAUAUGUUGUUAGGAUGUUAUAUAUUCCAUAUAUAAUUUUGCACCUGAUUUUCUGAAGUAUCCCUAAAUGGUAUGUAUAAACCAUUAAGUAUUUAUUUUGCCCCCAUGAAAUGUGUGACACCUUUCAAUUUGUGGAUACAUGGUAUAUAAAUAUUUCUUUUAAAUACUCAUUUUGAAUACACAUGUGUUUUUCAAUAGACUCUUUUCAAAUACCUGUAGCCAAACAUUGGUUAAAACAUCUUUAGGCAAGCUGACAUGACCCUGUUAGUCUCAUGCUAUAAUUGCUAGUUUACAUCUGUACUGAAACAAACCCUCUAUAAUUUAUAAUAUGUUCACUGAAUAUCUGUAGGAGAAAGUAAAAAAUACUCAACAAAGAACAUUUUCACAGCAUCCUAUACACUGGCAGCGUUUGGUUAACACUGUGUUAGACCUGUGUUUGAGUUUUAGCAGCGGUCCAGUUCUACUGUUCAUAGUUUAAGCUGGCUAUCCGUUUCCUCCCUCUUGCAUUGUUAGUGCCAGUGAGCAAUACUGCUACGCAACAAAAAGCCUGUGACUUUAUCGCAAUGUGAGUGAAUGGCUUAAACCCCCUUCUACUAUUGAUUCAGACAUACAUGUUGGUAAGAGUGAGACUCUCCAAGUGUUUAGAAUAGGAUCUUUUUAAAAUGAAAUGACCAAUGGGUGGAAAGUUCAAAUGUAUCCUUCUGGAGAUUUCCUUCCCUUUUAGGUUUUGAUGAUUGUUUUCUUGUAUGAUGAUUAAGAUACAUUCUUGCUCUUUUGUGAUAUUAUUUAAAUCAUGCCCCCUUUGAUUUUUCACCAUUAUAUUUGCUAAACUGAUUAACAUGAAAUUUGGCACUUUAGGAUAUUCUUUCCCUCACAAUAUAUGUUUAAUAAAAAUGCUGUGUA